AGCUGAUACAAAGAUGGUUUUGAACUAAGCCAAAACUGUUCUUACUAGUGCAUGAAACUUCUGGCGAGUGUCUAAAUGUUGUGGGCAGUAGCUGUGUGCCCUGGUAUAGGUUUGCUUCUUUCACUUGUUCUUAUAAACCCCUUGCUUUAGUCUCCUUCAGAAGAUUGCCCAGUGGCACUUUGUGGCAGGAAUGCCAGGGUGGUAGAUCAGUAUUCUCCACGCUGUUCUCACAGAGAGAGUCCUGGCUGUAGUGUCACUGAAGUAAUGUAAUGUAAUGGGUUUGUUUUCAUGGGCAGCUCCCAUAAAUUCUGAAGAUUACCGUUCAAACAACUCUAUUCAUUACCCAAAUUUGAUUCGUGUGUUGGUUCUAUCUCUAUUUCUGCCAGCUGCAGGAGGUAGAUUAACUCUUUCCUGCUGUGCUAGCAGAGACUUAGGUCUGUUGGGCAUUACUGAGCUAUGCGGACAAUGAGUUGUGUAGGGAAAAGAGACCCUGUGGAGAUGGAAAGCACGUGGCACGGAGGUGUACAGCACACCUUGACAGGCAGGGUGUGGCAAAGCAGUGCACCCCGGCGCCUGCAAGGGGAAGGAAACGUGCUUUGCUGUUGCUGAGGGGGCAAGGGACGUCAGGAUGUGUGCAGGGUGACUUCAACCAGCCCCACAGAGCUGGCGCAUGGGAAGUAGCUCGUUGUUAACAUCCCAGUGAACAUUGUAAUCAUAUUUGAUACUGAACAAAGUAUUUAAUGGCCUGGAUAAAAGCAUUGUGGUUGUUUAAUUGGAAAUAUCUUGCUGUUUUAUGUAGACCUAGUGCCCUAGUUUUAUGAGAUUUAGAAUUGUGCUGAGAAACUGUUUCCAUGGAAGCAGAGAUCACUAAAGAAAUAAUACACUCCACAUUUCCUACAGGAUUAUUCCUUUUACAGCCUGCUGUUCUAAAUAAUUAACUCCUGUAGUGCCAUUAUAGGUUAUCAUGGAUUAAAGGAAAUAAUACUUUUUUUUAGUGUCACUGAGACAUUACAUAUAUUUUUUAUAUAUAUAGAGAGAGAUAUUUGGAAAGACUUUUGUCUUUAAAAUCAGUCUGUUCUCUCCCUAUUUGCAGGGGGGGAAAUCCACCAGUACGAAAAAGUUAAUGGAAAAGUGCACUUCUAUUUUGGCAAUUUAUGCAGCUUUGUCAGGGAAAUUUAAGAUUAUUCCUCCUUUGCCUUUCUCUUGCCACUGUUCUAUGCUUUUUGCUUGGUGAUGGGUAUAUUUUAAAACCAUCAUCGUGCUUCUGGCCACCUUUGAGGGAAGAGACAAUGCAGGUUUUCAUUAAGGUGAUGAGAAUCUUCCACCAGUAGGGAAAAGAGACCAUCAUAUGGUACUUCUGACAAACUCUUCUGCUUCACUGCAAGUGUCUGUAAAAAGGGGAAACUGUCAAAUGAUAAUAUGAGGCUGAGAGCGAACAUGAAUGUUUGUAAACAUCAUACAAGCAAACUAUUUGCCAAAAAGCGCCAUUGCUGCCCAUGCAUAGGGGGUGUUCUAAGCACAAGGGCAGCGCAGCUCUCAGAUGGACAGAAAUUGCCAUCGCUUCGCUGAAGCUGGUUGUGAGCUGUAAGUUUACAGCAGUUUAGGCUCUGUCCUCCAGAAAGAAAAAAAACCCAAACCUACUCUGUCUAAAGUCCAUAAUGUCAAAUAAAAUAAAGACAAGAUAUGAGUAUGUAGGUGAUAGUUAAUGGAUUUUGACUUUGAAGGAGGGAUGUGCAAUUAAAAAAAGCAAAUUAUUACAGGUAAAUGACUUAGAAAUUAAAAAUGGGAAAAGUUACUAAACUGUUAGCAAAGAAUCAUCAGUACAACAACUGGAAGUACCUAGCAGUUUUUAAUAAUUUAACUGUAGAUCUCAAUUAUUUUUAAAGAAAGGUAACUACUGUGUUUUUUUUUUUUAUCUGAAGGAAGGGGAAAUGGAGAGGUGUGAUAAUGUGCUAUAAAGGAGCCAGGAAUUAUUUGAAGAACUUGCCUCAUCUUUUCUCCGCCAUGUAGUGUGUGUUUCUGUGGCUUAUUUAGAAAUAGCUCUAGCUGCAAAGUUCAAUUCCAGAUUGUGCCCUCCUCUAGUGGGAGAGGGUAUUUACAUCUGGAGCUCUAAUUUUAAACCUGUACUGUGUUAUAAAUGCUCACUGGCAGCUGGGGUCCCUUCCCACUGUUGACACAGAUGCAAGCUGUCACUCCAAGUAGCCCAGCUUGCACUGAUCUGAAGCAAGGCAGGCCCUCCAGAAAGCAGCAGCACAGGUACAAGGAGCUGACCGUGAGGCAGUGUGCAAGUUGCGUGGAUGGGAGGGUGGCGUAUACCCUCUUCCGUGGUUGUUACUGGUCCCAAAAUAAUUAUUUAUAAAGUGUCUGACAGUGUUUGACAAAUCAGAUGAUUGGGACUUGCUUAAUGCAAACCAGAAAAUACCUCUCAGCUGCUGCCAAAACACACAGAAACAGUAACUCAUACUUUGUAGAUGUAGAUUAGGACACUUGGGAGCUACUGGAGCAUACUGUGAAAGGCAUUACUCAAAGUUCAGAUUGAAAAACUUCUUCAGAAAUGGCUAACAACUUUGUAAGGGUAAUGCAAGCAUGAAAAUCAUCGUUCCUAGUACUGCCUUGGGAUGAGUACGUGCCAAAGGAAAGGGGGGAGAGAAGCUUUCUGUGCUGGAAGAUGAGACUGCCCUCCUGUGCUCUCUAAGUAGGAGAGCAGCCAUCAAACUGAUGAACAGUCGUUCCUCCUGAGUUGUCAGCUGCUCCAGGCAGCUUUAUUUUAUAAAUAUAUGAAAGUAGAAAGGACAAAGUCCAUAACUGAUAACGAGCUAGACAGUGGAAUGAUACAGAGGAUGUGUGAUGGAAGAUGCAGGAAAAACCAUGAUGGAAGUGGAGGAGUAGGAUUUCUUCCAGCAGAAAUGGGAGAAAUUCCUUAAACAUGCUUUUACAUAGUCCAUAAAAAGUCUGAAGAAGGGAAACAGUAAGCUGCUUGUGCUUUAAUCCAUGAGGGAAGCCCAAGGUAGGAGCUAUGCUUCAGGUUGGCUUUUGUCUCUUCCCCACUGUUUCCUCAUCAAGCAAGAGGGAUGGCAGGCAUCUGGAGGCAGGCAUUGGUGCUGCUCCCUGAGAAGUAACAGAUGAAACUGCAGCUUGUUGACUUCUCUAGGAUUUGGGUAUGAGAUGCCAGUUGUUUUGGAAGGAGAACCUGUUUGGUGGGUCUCAUCUGAAUCUUGAUAAAGGGAGCAGCACGCUAGCGUGUAGAAACGAGUAGAGUCCAUGAAUGGAUUAAAGCUUCAGACGUUGCCUGCUAUCGCUCUGGACUUUACCCACGUUUUUCACCUGUAAUAUGGAGCCUCUGUUUGGGUUUUUGCUGGGAUUGAUUCUGGCAGUCGCUUCGUCAGCUCAGAACAACUGUACCUGUGCGACCAACAAGUGGACGGUAUGUGUCAAGGACGCACCUGGGAACUGCAACUGCACGCUGGUGGGUUCAAAUCACAGGGUAGACUGUUCAACACUGACUUCAAAAUGCUUGCUGAUGAAGGCAGAAAUGACCCUCCUGAAGGAGAAGCGCCGUUGGCUGUUAGAUAACAAUGGCAUUUACAAUCCAGACUGCGAGGACAGUGGUAUCUUCAAAGCCAGGCAGUGCAAUCAAACCAAUGCUUGCUGGUGUGUGAACACUGCUGGAGUAAGAAGAACUGAAAAGGGUGACAAAAGCCUGAGUUGUGGUGAACUGGUUAGAACAAGCUCAAUCUACAUUGACCUGAAGCACAAAAAAAGGUCCAGUGCCUUCGAUGUUCCUGACGUAGUAAACGUCCUGAAACAUCUGUUUGAGAGCCGAUACAAACUGCACCCGAAGUACAUCGCAGCCGUGAAGUACAAUUUCCCAUUUAUCCAAAUCCACCUGGACCAGAACGCAAAAUCUAGGUGUGAUGUAGACAUAGCUGAUGUAGCCUAUUACUUUGAAAAAGAUAUAAAAGGUGACUCCGUAUUUCAUUCCCAUGAUGCAUUAACUGUCUCUGUCAAUGGAGAUGCUCUGGAUAUUGAAAAGAUCAGGAUUUACUAUGUUGAUGAAAAGCCACCAGAGUUUUGCAUGAGAGAACUGGUUGCUGGCGUCAGUACUGUGGUGACAGCGGCGAUCCUGACUGCUGGCUUUGGCAUUGCUGCGCUGGUUAUUCUGAGGUGGCUGUGGACAAGAAAACAUGAGAAAGUUGAGACUAAAGAAAUAGGUGAAAUAAAAGCACUAAGCUUACAGUUGCCCUGAUCUGGGUGAAAAAAAGAAAAAAGGCAUCUGAAAGAAGAAAGCAAUGACAGGAGAAGAAGAAAAAAGGCACCAAAUACAAAUAGCAAGCAGACUUGGUGUAUGUGGAUGGAUUUGGAGGGUUUUUUCCCUUUUUAGAGGAAUUUAUACAGUGAUUGUCCUAAAUUAUUCUACUUUAGUAAGAACAACAUUUUUGGGUAUAAACUACUUUGGGAGUCAGUUACCUAAAUAUUUUAGAUGAGCUGCAAUUUAGAGGCUAAGAAAACUGUUACAGCUGUCUAUUUAGCAUAAUGUGGAAUGCUUUCGCUAGUACUGCAGGCUUGGUUCAGCUUGCUUAAAUACUCUUUAAGUCGUUCUUGGUAUAUCUACUUACUGAAAUUCAAAUACUUGCCUUGGCAUAAUUGGGUUGUAUAUAGCUGCUUUUCUGUUGGUAAAGACUUUUUUUGAAGUGUGGGUUGUUUGGGGGUUUUUGCCUGUUUUGUUUUUUUAAAAGUUGCUGGAACUUUUUUUAUCAACAAUAAUUUCCUAAAUAUCAGUAAAAAACCAAAUAAAGUUUUGAUAAGAUACUCUACAGCA